AUGUGUGGCCACAAGUGCUACGUGACCAUGGACAGGAGAGCGCUGUCAACCGCUGACGCGGUGAUAUUCUUCCCCUUCUAUAUGAGUAAGUGCACUUUUAUGAAGUCUUUUAGGAAGCUCUCACUUCAGCGAUCGGCGGAGCGACAUUAUUCAUUAUUUUCCCGACAGACUGAUAGGAGUCUAAAAGACGAAUUUUCAGGGAAUUUCAGCGCUAUUUAUCCGACACGAACAAACCCUGAUCAGUAUUUUGUAUUUUGGGAACACGAAACGCCGGUCCGAUAUCCGGAAAAGAAUGUAACGUAAGUUUUUUUGGCCACAACUUCCCAAAGCUGAGCCAAAGGAGGCAUUGCGCCCCGAUAUCAAUGUCUGCCGGAAAAAUAAUGAGCACAAAGCCAUGCCUAAUCUAUGAUAUACUAGAGGGCAAUACGCAGAAAUUAGAGGACAGAGUGAGAAAAAUUCAAUGACAUCGAUUUGGUCGUCCUGUCCGAUGCCACAGAGUGCUCAUUGUUUUCCCGACAGACUGAUCAGUGCGUCAAAAAGCCUUGGUAUGAUUGGCACCUUAAUUGAGAACUUUCCAGAUUCCCAAAAAACUACUUCAACGCCACAGCUACUUACAGCCUCUCAGCUGACAUCCCAAUACCCUACGGGACCUACGAACCGAUAGCACGGAAUAUGACGGUAAAACCUUUCGUCUGAUAUCGGUUUGUCGGGAAAAUAAUAAGCACGCAUCGAAAAUAAAAAGAACCUCAUUUUGCUUUGUUGUGCUCAUUAUUUUUCCGACGGAUUAAUAUCUUAUGACAACGUUUUAGAAAGAAGAAUACUAUGAGCAUCUACUGGAGGAGAUUGGAAGGAAGACGCGAGGAGUUUAUGCGGUCUAUUCUCACUGCGAAACGGAAAGUGGCAGAGAGCAUGUCAUACGGAAUCUACAAAAGUAAGCAUUCUGACAUACGAUAAAACCCAUGGUGCUUCGGAAUCUUUUGAUUUUUUCGUAUCGCCUUUCAACACUUUUUGAUGAGGUCUUGUGUUCAUAAAGCUCUCCACCUCGCUUUGCUAUUAGUUCGUCGGGGAAAUAAUGUGGAUUCAUCACGCCAUGGAAUCGCUCAUCGCUUUGCGACGGCUAACCGUGGCUAGGGAUUUGUUGUGCGCUGCGAAAAGUCCACAUUAUUUUCCCGACAGACUAAUAAAAUCUGAAACACCCCCAUUUUCAGGUACAUCAACGUUGAUGUCUACGGACAGUGCCGAGGAGGAAUUGCUUGCGACCGGGAAUGCUACAACAGAAAUAAGGAGAACUACCGCUUCUAUCUUUCCUUUGAAAACUCCGUGUGCAAUGACUACGCCUCGGAAAAGUUCUUCAACUUCAACACGCUGAUCCCCAUUGUUUUGAAACGGGAGUACUACAAACGCCAUCCUCAACACUCGUUUAUUGCUGUGGAUGACUUUGGGUGAGUGCCAUAAAGUUGUCGUAUGUACAAGGCGACCAGAAAGCCAUCAUAUAAUCUUUAUUUAGAAGCCUGAAAGAGCUUGCCGACUACUUGAAUCUCCUCUCCAUGGACGACAAAAAAUACGCAGAGUAUUUGACGUGGACGUACGACAAGCGACGAAAGCCGAGAGGACGACACAUCAUGCUGUGCGACGUCUGCGAUUAUGUCAGUAAGCGUCCGGCACGGAAGAUAUACUCGGAUAUUGACGACUUUGUCGAUCUAGGACGCAGUUGCGACUUGAAUUUUAAGCGAGACGUCAUUGAAGGUCGUAUUCUUCAAUGA